UUCCAAACAGCUGUUUUACACCUCAGUGUUUGAACAGGCGACUGUUGUUGUCUGCACUUUCUGUGUUGACAAUCUGAGCUCUUAUUGAACGUCGAGUCGUUGCGCUGUGGUGGCUGUCAGUCAGUAACCAUGGAGCCCACCUGUCGCAAAGACAAAGUGAAGUUGAACUCCACUCCUACUCGCGGCGACAGGGCCAAGCAGAAAUCCGCCCAGCAGGAACUGAAACAACGACAACGGGCAGAGAUCUACGCCCUGAAUAAGGUGAUGACAGAGUUGGAGCAGCAGCAGUUUGAGGCCUUCUGUAAGCAGAUGCAAUCCCAGGGAGAGUGACUGACAACCUCCCAAUGGCAGCCCAGGACCAUAAACCCUAACCUUCAGCAGCCCUGACCCACAGUUCAACUACAGUCUCAACCAGUAAAACAAGAGUAUUUCUUACAUAUCAUACAGACACGUUGAACUGUGAAGAUUGCUGAGCGAUUAACCAAGGGGUCAUUUAUUUUACGUUUUUAAACAACAAAUUGACCUACUUGGGUUCAAUUAUUUGAAUUCCAUUAUUUUGUUUUCUGUGCACAUUGCUCAAUUUCUCUAGAGAUAAAUCAGAUCCUGUUUGAACUGUGCAAUGUAGUAGGGAGUUGUAGUUUCCAACAGACCAAUAUUCUACUUAGUUUCGCGCUUAAAACGUAAUUAACUACAAUGACCAUAAUCCAUUGCGCAUUUACUUGUACGGUCUUUCUUUUAUGCCUGCUACAAAUGAGGCAGAAGAAUGCACAAUCAUGAGGG